AUGAGACCUUUAAUCAAAGAAUUAUAUCUGCGAAAUAAAAAUUUAGAAGGACAAUUAAAUUUAUCCGAUUUUAUCAAUCUUGAAAGGUUGGACUGUUCCUCCAAUCAACUUACUAGUCUAAAUUUAGUUAAUUUAAAACACUUAAAAGUCCUUUACUGCGAUAAUAAUUACUUAGAGAACAUUGAUUUUCUUAAUCAUCUUAAUUCACAAAAGAUAACCAGUAUAAUAAUCGAUAAUAAUAAUCUUCCAAAACAAGACAUAUCUGUUUUCAGCCCCUUCACUAACCUUGAAGAAUUACGAAUCGGUAGCACUAUAAUUAGAAAUGAUAGUCAAGGAGAAAUAUACAAUCGCUUUUACGGCUCCUUAAAGUCUUUAGAAAAUUUAAUUAGAUUAGAAGACCUAAAUAUCAGCAAUACCGAUAUCAAUGAUGGUGCUGAGUUUUUGCCAAAAAAUGUUAAGAGAAUUAACUAUUCUACUUCUCAAAGGCCUGAAAGCAAAUUAAAAGAAAUCACUGAAAAAAUAAAGAGUUUGCUUCUUAGUCGUCACGAGGUUUAUUUUGCUAGUUAUCUAAGAGAAAAAGGUUAUGAACCUAGUUCAAAACUUGACCUUGAAGAGUUAAGAAAAGAAGAUAAAAAUAAAAUAGAUUGUUAUCACAACCAAUUUACCAGUUUGACUCUAAAAAACUGUCCUAAAUUAACUCGUGUAGUUUGUUCGCAAGGAACUUUAACUGACCUGAAUAUUGAAAACUGCCCUGAAAUUAAUAAUUUAAAUGUUAGUGACAAUUUGUUAAAUAACCUUAGUUUCCUUACCGACUUAGAUUCUAAUAAGAUAACCCAUUUAUACCUUACUAAUAACAAAUUUCCUGAGCAAAGCAUAAACAUUUUUAGCAAAUUUUCCAAUUUGAAAUAUCUUUAUUUAGCAAAUAACAGUUUUAUUGGUAGUCUUCAAUCCUUAAAGGAUUUAAAUAAGUUGCAAACGCUAUCUAUUGUUAACACUAAAAUAAACAGUGGCUUUGAGUAUUUAUCAGACAGUUUAAGUGAAAUUUCUUCUAAUGUUUUUCAAGAGUUAGAUAAAAAUGGUGUCUCCGGAGUUAAAAUAGUGCGUUGGGCUAAUUUGAUGACACCUAGCGGUUAUCAAAAAGUUCCUUAUUAUGAUUUUCAAUAUUGA